GUGGGUUUCUACUCCUACAGUAUCAACAUAUGGGUGCAGGAGUUCUCUAUCCGGGUGAAAAGUCGACUUUUUUAAAAAAUAUGCAUGCAAUAAUAAACGUGAUUAAUUACACAGUCAGGCACUCAAAGCCGAGAUAUAUGUGGAAUGUCGAGCUUGGUUUUAUUUUCUGACGAAUCUCAAGAGGUUUCUAAUAACAGUUGAAUUAUAACAUCAUCAAGAUCAAGAAUCUUCAAUUUCUUAUUUUUUUCAACUCGGUACUAUACAUCUAGCUUUGCAAAGUAAUCGUAGUCUUCAUUCUAGCUUUACUUGUAAUCCGUCGAACGAAGUAGGAGCAAAAAAAGAUGGCUCUUGUCUACUCAAAGCUUUGGCCACUGGUCAUCUCCGCCUAUCCCGUGAGUGGGUAUUUUUCGCUUUCGCUUGUUCAUCGCGCCCACGACAAGGUUGGCAAGAAAACAGAACAAGACGAUCUUCAGUCCAAAUACGACGAGGCUGUGAAGGCAUGCGAAGUGGAGGGGAAGGGGAAGCCACCUAUGGCCGUGAGGGAAUUGCACAAGUGCUACUUUCACCCGAUCGGCGGCACCGAGUUCCAGAAAGAAUUCUCGCGUUCACUGACAAGCGUCAAGGAAAUCAUGAUGGACCACGGACUGGCGCAGUACCUGAACGACUGGCCUCGGAAUUAUCAGACAGCUGUUACCCGAGUUGACAUCAACCUGUUCCGUUUGCUUGCUAAGCCAAUCCACGGAGCCUGGUCGACGGGUCACACGGAGGAGGCGAAGGCGUUGAUGAAUGAGCGCGUGGCCAGUGCUAUGCCCAUUGAUGAAGGUGGCCCAUUGGCGGAUGACGGACGCGGCUGGGUCCUCUCCGAGCUGCCAGAAAUGGACUCGGAGUGGCUUCGCAAGCGAGAAAAAUUGGCCACGUGGAUCGUGUAUCGCCGAGAAGAUUCGAAGUCGUGGCUGGACGAGGAUAAGGUUCUCCAUCAAGAGAUGCUGGACAAAUUGACUCGGGCUUGUAUAUUGCGCAACCACAACGAUCCCGAUCGCUCCAAGGAGCCUGAGGAAGAAGAAUCCUUUGAGUUCGCCUUGGUCAUUCAUUGGGCCACCUUGCCCAGUGGUCGAUUAGAAGAUGGCAAAAUUGUCCAAAACCCUCCUGGGGCUCCUCUUCGUCCGGAGGAAGUUCCGGCUCCGAUGGAUGGGGAAGUGAAAGCCUGGCUCAAGCUUUUCGCCAACGUGGAGUCGGAGGGGCUCACUCCUUCUUGGAUUCCGUGGAGUGAAGCGUUUAAGGGUCCGCUAGGAGUUGCGCCCUACACACCGAAUUCACAAGGCACCAAGAAGAGGACUGAAUAUUUUUCGGAUUUGAUGUCUACAGAGACAAUGCUGAAGGCUUUUCAUCAAGAGGAGGAAGGUGCUCCGCGUGCAACCCACGUUGUCUUCUUGGAUCCAAGUCAUGUCUUUGGCUCGCGGCUAG